AUGGAGUAUGACCAAACACUUUGUUCCUCUACCGAUAAGACUCUGACAGACGAUGGCGACCUGGAGUUCGACCUUAACACUCAAGAGAUAGGCUUCACGUGUCAACAGUGUCGGAGGACGUUUACGAAAAAAAGUUCUCUGGCAAAUCAUAUGAAGGUUCACAUGACCGAGAGAACUUUGGUGGUCUCCAACACUCCAGAGAGGAACCUCCAGUGUGAACACUGUCAGAAAAUGUUUGCUAAGAAAAGUUCUUUGGUAAACCACGUAAAGAUUCACACAAGAGAGUUGCUUCACCGUACAGAAUCUCCAGAGACAGUGACGAAGUGUAAAGGCGCAACAAAGAAUGUGAGAAUGAAGCAAUUUAAGUGUACAGAGUGUAGCAAAAGUUAUACAGAACGUAGAGCUCUCCAGAUUCACAUACGAUCACACACAGGUGAGAGGCCGUUCCAGUGUUCUGAAUGUGGGAAAGAUUUUGCUAGUGAACGAAGUCUGCGUAAUCACAUCAGUCGUCAUAGUGCACAGAAAAACUACCGGUGUUUACAGUGUGACAAGACCUUCAGCCACCGUAAUUACCUACUGGUCCAUAUGCGGAGUCACUCUGGAGAGAAGCCCUUCGAGUGUCCUGAGUGCAACAAGCCUUUCGGCAGACGGGAUCUCCUGAGGGAGCACCUGAAACUCCAUGCAGGGAUAAAACCUUACAGGUGUACAGACUGUAAUAAGACCUUCACCUGUAGGAGUAACUUUAGAAAACACAUCCUGACUCACUCGGCGGUGAAGUCGUUUACGUGUGAUCGAUGUGGUCAAGGAUACAACUACAAAAGUACUCUCAAGGAACAUGUUUGUGGCCGCUCGAGGAAGAAGACGACACAAGAUCAACUACCGUAUAGCAGCACCCCGCCCCCUGUUAAGAUGGAAGAGGAGGUUAUAUUUGUCAAGGACGAAGUUUGUGUUUAG